GCUAAAAAUGGACUUGGUCCACAGACACAGGCUACAGUUAUUUGGAUUGCUGCUGUCUGUAAUAGGAUGGAUUUUAACUGGUACCUGUAACUAUUUACCAGACUGGAAAAACCUCGGCUUAGACUUAAAUGAACUGGAGUUUUGGACUAUGGGACUCUGGCAAACUUGUGUAGUCCAAGACAUAGGAGGAACACAGUGUAAAGACUUUGAUUCGUUCCUAGCUUUACCCAUAGAAUUCAGGAUUUCCAGGAUUUUAGUAUGUACAUCAAACGGACUGGGACUUCUGAGCCUUGUCAUCUCUAGCCUUGGUUUGGACUGCCUAAAGAUGGAGGAUACAGAGCAGAAGCUAAAGAAACAGCUGUUACUACUUGGAGGAAUACUCAUGUGGAUAGCUGGAGUUCUGGUCUUAGUUCCUGUUUCCUGGGUUGCCUGUACGAUAAUCCAGGAAUUUUGGGAUGAAGUGAUCCCAGAGAUUGUGCCCAGAUGGGAAAUAGGGGAUGCACUCUUCACUGGUUGGUUUGGUGGCUUUUUUAUAAUUCUAGGAGGCUCUCUACUCCUCUUGACAAUCUUCUUAUCAUCUGACCAUCAGUUACCAGAACAGUAUACAAUGGCAGAUAUGCAAGACAACCGUCAACAGGUGGAGACUGGAAACAGAAGACUUUAACAAGGGUACAUGCUAGCUUUUUGGUUUUCUUACUCUUGCAUUACAGUAAGAAAAUGAACAGACUGGCUACUGUUUACAAGACUGGGGGGAGGGAUUAUUACAGUACAGUUCCUUUCAUUUCUACUUACUUUCAAUUUUAAUUAGAUUGUCAUAGCUCAUCAAUAUAAGUCACCAUUGUUUUUCUCCAAAAUCCGAUCAGUUGCAGUGUUCUUUGUGGUGUUUUUAUGCUUAUUUGCUUGACUGUGUUGGUGUUGUUUUUUCAUGUUAAAUGAGUAAAAAAUUGUGAUGGAUGCACGGAGACCUAACACUUUUAAACAGCAGAAGCCUUGAAGUUCUGAAGGGGUUUGCAGUGCCAGUUCAACAUAACCUUAAAUUAAAUUCCAUGGACCUUUAUUCAUUUGCACUAGUCUAAACUAACUGUUUCUCAGUGUCACGCAGCGUUCUUCAUCGCGUGUGCGUGACUGAAUAUAUCCCAGCACCACCACACACGCUCUCUGGAAAGCGAGCAUUUCUGAACAGUAACAAGAUGCUGUCUGCUGGAAAGCACUCAUUGCUACUGCAGCUUUUCUUUAAUGAAUGCAAAGAAUUAACUUCAAGCGUACGCAUCAUUUUCUUUAUAACUUAUCCUAAGACUUGUCAGUGAUUGAUGUGAACUUUCUAUAAAUCACAAACAGUUUACACUGACAAAUCUAUAUGCACUUUGUAGCAACAGAUGGCUGCUACAAAGACGUAGAACAGCAAUAACAAUUGAAUAAAACACUGGUCUGGAAACGAACUUUGUUAAAAAAAUGUAUUUUCCAAUCACUGAAACACAUGGAAAGUGCAGAGACAAGUUAAUCUACGUGAUGUAUUUGCAUACUUUUACAGACAAAAUUAGAACAGAACCACAUUCAGCAUAUAACCUGAUUAAAUAUUUAGUUCAGUCCUGAGCAUUUGAUAUUUAAUACAGCAUAAACAUAGCAAUAUUUUAAAAAAAUCUUAUUUGAUUUGCCUUCUAUUACAGUUUUUUUCUAACCUUUGCUCAUUUGGUUAAAUAUUCUUGUACCAGUAAUGUUUAAUUUUGAUAUCUGCAACCGCAGUGAUAGCGGUACCUGGAAACAGAACUAAUUGCAUUU